AUGUCAGGUUAUGCCGGAAAUGACACGGCUGUUGGAAAUGACCCACCUGUUGAGAGGAUUAUCGAGGAGGACAGGGAUGGUGCUGUGGCUGUUUGUGGUACUGAUGAUUGUAAUGGUGAUGAGGAGAUGGAGGACCAGAAUCAAGAGGGGAAUGUUGAUGAUGAGGAUGAAGAUGAUGAGGAUGACGAUGAUGAGGACGACGAUGAUGAAGAUAAUGAGGAUGACGAACAUGCAAAAGAUGAAGAUGAAGAUGAAGAUGAAGAUGAUGAACAUAGGGAUGAGGACGGGGGUGCAACUGCUGAAGAUGAUGAAGAAGAUGAUUCUGAAACUUGUCAUGUUGGACGCUGGUGUUCUGGCUCUGAUGAUGGUGGAGGUGAGUGUCCCUCUUAUGCUGACAACAGCGGCUCAGCCGAUUCAAAUGCUUACAGGCGGACCAGUCCUACUAGCUUUUACAAUCCUUGGGAUUAG